AUGUACGCAUUCGUUCCAUUGGCAGUGUUGACACUUUUGUGUGUCGUUUUGUCAUUGCUUGUUAAGCGUGAGAAGCUUGUUGUGUUCUGGUUGCUCUGGUCUGGAAUCAUUCACAUUCUGCUCGAGGGCAGCUAUGGAUUCUUUGCCCACGAGGUCACCACAGCAUCCACCGUCGACUUUAUGACCAAGAUGCUCGAGGAUGUCCCAUUGGAGAGCGCCUGGAACCCACACUGGUACGCCAGCCUCUACACCCAGUACGCUAGAUACGACCGUCGUUACGCCAUCGCCGACCCAAUGGUCGUGUUCUUCUGCUUCAUGGAGCUCGUCCAGGGCACCAGCUGCUUCCUGCUGGUCCUGUCCGUCAUCUUCCAGUCGGCCUACCGCCACGCCCUCCAGAUCUUCCUCUGCUCGCUCCAGGCCCUCGGCACCGUCUUCUACUUCAUCACACCAUACAUCUACGGCGAGUGGGACCAGUUGAUCAGCUCGGACCCCUUCGAGCUCUGGGUCUACGUCGUUGGUCUGAACGGUCUCUGGUUGCUCGUUCCAAUCAUCAUGAUCAUUCAAUCAUUCAUUGCUAUUGGUCGUGAUGCCUCUGUUGCCGCCAAGUACACAAUCCAACCAAGAUCAAACGCCAACAAAAAGAAGACAAACUAA